UAUUUAAAGCCAGGAAAGUGAAGGUUAAAAAAAUGAAGAAUUCGGUUCUGCAGAAAUAUUAAAAAAGUGUGAAUAAUCGGUUUUUGGUGGAUCAAUGCAACCAGCCGAGGGACUUGUAUUUUGAAACUUAGGUUUGACGUUUGUUUCGAAUUGGGGUUAGUCGCUGACUUCAUCAAAGCGGCCAACAUGGCAGGAGGCAAAAAGAAAUCUUCUUCUUCACCGUCAAGAUUUUAUAAAACACUUUCCUCUUUAUGGCAAGACAAACACUUGGUGUUGUUUAAAGCGGAAUACACGUUCUUGAUCACGACCGUGCUCUGGUUCUUGGAAAUUGGGAUAAACAUAUGGGUGAUCCAAAGAGUUGCAUAUACGGAGAUCGACUGGAAGGCAUACAUGGAUGAAGUUGAAGGAGUUAUAAACGGCACAUAUGACUACACACAGCUGCAAGGCGACACGGGGCCACUUGUGUAUCCCGCAGGCUUUGUAUAUAUAUUUACAGGGCUGUAUUAUAUUACUGACCAUGGGCAGAACAUUCGACUGGCCCAGUACCUGUUUGCUGUCUUCUACCUCAUCACUCUUCUGCUUGUUUUCCGUAUUUACCAUCGCACUAAAAAGGUUCCACCAUAUGUGUUUUUCUUCAUCUGCUGUGCUUCAUAUCGGAUCCAUUCUAUAUUUGUAUUACGUCUUUUUAACGAUCCUGUAGCCAUGAUGCUUCUUUUCGGUGCCAUCAACCUCUUUCUGGAUAGCCACUGGACUCUCGGAUGUGCUGUCUAUAGUUUAGCAGUGUCUGUGAAGAUGAAUGUUCUUCUCUUCGCACCGGGUCUGUUAUUCCUCCUCCUGUGUGAGUUUGGUCUGUGGAAAGCUCUGCCCAAACUCAUUCUAUGUGCUGUUAUCCAGCUGCUGUUGGGGCUGCCGUUUCUCCUGGUGAACCCUGUAGGUUAUGCUAGUCGGGCCUUUGACCUGGGCAGGCAGUUUCUUUUCAAGUGGACUGUGAACUGGCGUUUUCUCCCUGAGGAAGUGUUUUUGAGUCGAUACUUCCAUCUCGUCCUGCUUCUGGCUCAUAUGACCACACUUGUCCUUUUCGCUCUUAAGAGAUGGAAAAGGCCUGGAAUCAGUAUUUGGUCUAUUCUAAAGGAACCCUCUGAGAGAAAGGAAAGUCCACAGAAGCUCAAUGCUGAUCAGACGGCUCUGAUUCUGUUCACCUCUAACUUCAUCGGGAUGUGCUUCAGCAGAUCUUUACAUUAUCAGUUUUAUGUCUGGUACUUCCAUACGCUUCCAUUCCUGCUGUGGAGUGGAGGAGUCAAAAAGCUUGCUCACCUGCUCAGGGUGUUGAUUCUAGGUCUGAUAGAGCUCUCCUGGAACACUUAUCCCUCCACCACAUACAGCUCUCUCUCGCUGCACGUCUGCCAUCUCAUCAUCCUGCUCUGCUUGUGGAUUAACCCGACCCCUACUCUUCCUUCUCACCGGCCAGAAAACAAGGAUAAGAGACAGUGAACCCUGGCCUGACCCGUGGCCUCCACCCCCUGCAACGGCCCAUAAGAGCCGCUGGGUACCCGUCCACAAGAGCCUUGUACUUUGGGUGCAAACACGGUUCAUGGUCUGUGCCAUGACACUCAAGUCAGUAUGUAAAUUGAUAACGUAUGUUGUAUGUAUAUGGUAAAUAUAUGUUACGGACAGAGAGUUUACAUUGUUUCUCAGGAUUUUUUGAGCCCUAAUGCUCGGUCCAGGAGGAUGUUGGAGGCUGAAAUGUGAAUGUGUGGAUUUUAAAGAAAAGGAUGUUUUAAAAAAUGUAUUGGUUUGUAAAACUGCAUUUCAACAAUCUGAGAACUAAACUCUUAGCUCUGUUAUUGGCCAAUGAACACAUUCAGGAUUGUUUUUUAGUAUUAAGGGCCUAUGAUAGUACUUUGACAUUAAGCUUCUUUUUCAAUUACAGCUUUAUUGAUUUAAUGUCAAGAUAUUCAGGGAUCGUUUCCAUUUUUACUUUCAUAAGCUUAACAAUCUCGCCAAAAUUUUAUGUAUAGGGCACAAAGCAAUUGAGUAGGUCUGCUUUUGCAUUUCUUUAGAGUUUGAGUUUAGCUCUUGCAUUUGUUUACUGCCUUUGCUUUUUCAGUCUGUUGUGUUGUUUUUCAUUUUCUGGAGCGUAGAGUGAAAUAGAAGGAUGUAAUGCUCACAUUGUUUUUGGAGUGCGGUUUGUAUUUGCUGAGAUAAAGUGUGAUUGACUACGCUUUU